UGGGGACUGGUUCCGGCGGCGGCGCUCACCGGGCGCAGUGUAUUGGAAUCCCAGAGUUCUCUACAGCAAGAGAAAACUUCCAGCAAAGUCUUUUCAGCAGCAGUUGGUUUUUCGGGGUGAGGAGUCAAUCAAAGUUGAGGGCAGGAUGUCGGAGCUGAGUGACGAGGCCAGCGAGUCGGAGCUGCUGAGCCGCAGCCUCUCCAUGUGGCACGGGGUGGGGCCCGUGCUGUGCCGGGAGGAGCUGGACGUGCCCCUGGACCUGCACACGGCCUCUUCUGUCGGGCAGUACCAAGUGGUGCAGGAGUGCAUCCAGCGUGGAGACCUGGAUUUGAACCAGAGGAACUGUGGGGGCUGGACCCCACUCAUGUACGCUUCCUACAUCGGCCACGACAACAUCGUGCACCUGCUGCUGGAAGCAGGAGUGAAUGUGAACAUCCCCACCCCAGAAGGCCAGACUCCCCUCAUGCUGGCCUCCAGCUGUGGCAAUGAGAGUGUUGCUUACUUCCUUCUACAGCAAGGGGCAGAGCUGGAGAUGAAGGACAUCCAUGGCUGGACUGCCUUGUUCCACUGCACCAGCGCCGGGCACCAGCAGAUGGUCAAGUUCUUACUAGAGAAUGGGGCAAAUGCCAACUGCAAGGAGCCAGUGUAUGGAUACACACCUCUAAUGGAAGCAGCUGCUUCUGGCCAUGAGAUAAUUGUUCAGUACCUUCUCAAUCAUGGAGUGAAGGCAGAUGUCAGAGAUAACACUGGAGCCACGGCACGGACCCUGGCCAUGAAGUAUGGCCACACCAAGAUUGUGGGGCUGAUAGAUUUGCAUGCAGCCCCAGUGCCCAAGGUCUUCUGCAGAGGUCCAGGCAACUAUGAGGAGCUGAGUUCUUCAGAUGAAUCAUAUUCUGCUCCCCAGAGACAGAGACCUGCUCGUAGGACCAAGGGUCCCAGCAUCCAUGAGGGGCCCCAGGCCUUGGCCAAGAUCACAGCAAUUGGCAUGGGGAGAUGGAAGCAGUCUUGCUAUGAGCAGGUGCCCCCUCAGGGCUAUGUCACCUUCAGCAAUGACGGCAGCUGUGCGUCAGGUGUCAUCCGGAACAGGGACGUCACCUCCCCGAUCAACGAGCUGGACGUGGACAGCAGCAGCAGCAGGGAGGAUAGUGCUUUGUCCAGCAACAGCUUGGGAACCAUCAGGAGCAGCAGCAGCAGCAGUGAAUGCCUAAUUAGAAUCCCAGGAGUCAGCAGUGAAGGCUCCUUGGAAAGCAAUGAGGACUCUGACCACGCCAACAGCCCCCCGAGUCGGAAACAAGCCAAGAGCUUUAAGGGCAAGACCCGCUACAGCAACAGUGACAGCCAGUGGAGCCACUGCCUGGGGAAGGCUGGGGGCUGCUGCCAGCACCUGGUCCUUCCUGAGCCCCCGGCCUACACAGGGCCCCAGGACCUGGCAACAUUCCUUGAGGAGAUUGGAUGCCUGAAGUACCUGCAGGUAUUUGAGGAGCAGGACGUGGACCUCCGGAUCUUCCUGACCCUGACAGAGAGUGACCUGAAGGAAAUAGGCAUCACGCUGUUUGGCCCCAAGAGGAAGAUGACCUCGGCCAUCGCGCGCUGGCACAGCAGCGCCCGCCCGCCCAGCGACGCGCUGGAGUUGGCCUACGCCGACCGACUGGAGGCAGAGAUGCAGGAAUUGGCCAUCCAGCUGCACAAGAGGUGUGAAGAGGUGCAGGUGAUGAAGGGCCAGGUGUGCCAGGAGCAGAAGCUGCGUGCAGUGGCCGAGAGCUGUUUGAUGGAGCGGGAUGAGACCUGGAAUGCCAUCCACUGCCAGCUCAGAGAGGCUCAGGCCAUCACCAAGGAUGCUGGAGUCCUGCUGGAUCAGAUCAAGAGCUGCCAGGCAGAGCUGUCAUCCCGGCUGGCCCCGGAGCGGGCGGGCGAUGGAGCGCCGGACACACGGGAGCAGCGCAGCACCGGGGAGAGCCGGCGGCCCGGGGAGCGCCCAGUUCUGGAAGGGUGGCCACCUUCCCUGAAGUCCCUGAGCUUGCCUGAGCUGUCAGCUGUACUGGAGGAGUGUGUGGGAGAGAUGGGAAAAACUCUGCAAACUGUGACUCAAAACCUCCAAAAGCUCCAAGCCCUGGGGCACAGCGGGCAGAGCUGGCCAAAGCCAUAACCAAGCCAGGAGGGAAUACUGACGUCGGGUGACUGUUCCACCCGGAAGCUGAGUGUGCCUGGGAAAGGGAGCACGGGGCCGUGCCGGCAGCACCACGGCUCUGCCAAGGGCCACUGCAGCUGGCAGGGCACCGAGGAGGCCGUGGCCACCAGAGAACACAGCUGGGAGGAUGAGGGACAGCAGAGGACAACAACCAGCUGCUCUUUGGGCCUGAGUCAAGGCUCCCAGGAUCUUUGUUUGAAAGGUUUAGGUUUGGAGGAGAAGCUCCAAGCCUAGAAGUUUUGUCUGCCUUAAGCUUCCUGCAGCCCUUGUUGUUCAGGUCUGAGUGGUGGUAGAAAGGUGACAGUUGCACACAGCAAUCAAUUCAUUAUCCUUUUCUGCAUCCCAAGCUCCCUACGGCCUCUGAAACGUGUCCCUGGCUCCUCCUGUGCCAUGGGGAUUGGCCCAGAGAAUGGAUCUGAGGCCAUAAAAAGGUAGUUUGUUGUGGAGGGUUGAAAGGAGUGGAGUUUGUGAUGUUUGGCUCUUUGAGCUGCAGUGGAGCUCAAACUGCAGCCCUGUUCCUAAUUGGAAUGUCUGCUCUACUGCCACCCCAGAUCUGUGCUUCAAAGCCUGUUCCUCCAACCAGCCCACUCUGGUUCACUUUGGGUUCUUGCUGUCCUCAGGAGCUGGGUGUGAUCACGUUGGUGGCUUAGGAAUGGCAUUCACUGAAACACUCCCAACUCACCCACUCCCCCUCCUCACCUCCUCUCCCCUGGGGUGGGAUGGAGAGGAGAACUGGAGGUACAAAAGAAGAUCACUGGUAGAAAUAAAAGCAUUUUACUGGAAACAGCAGUGAGAUAAGGAACAGCUACAACAACAACAAUAAUAACAGCUGUGUACUGGAGAGGUCCUGGUCCUGCAGAAAUGAACCCUGCCCUGGUCAGAACCAGGACAUCACUGUUACUCCAUCCCCAAGAACUUGGCUUUGUGGUCAGUGCUCUAGGACAGAGGUCACUGGCCUGGUUUGCCAGGGCCAAGAUCCCAGCAAGGCAGGGAUCCCCUGGAAGGACUGAAGAGAGAGAAGGAAGAGCUGGGACUGUUGAGCUUCCCAUGCCUCUGGCAAGCAGGGGAGUGCCAAGGCAGCAGAGCAGAAAGAGGGAUAGCUCUGUGCCCCAUGGGACAUGGACAAAGGAACCACAGCCCAGAUGGAGCUGUGGCUUUACCUCACUACUGCCUGCCUUUGAUGGAUGUGCAGGCUUUAGUGCUGGGAAAGAGCUCUGCCAGGGCAUUUGUGGGUGGGCAUUGCCAAGGACAGGCAGUGCAGGAAGAGGCUGCCCUAUCCCUGGGAGUGGGUGAGGGUGCCAGGGACCUUGGUGUAGAGUGGUUUCCAGUGACUCU